AACCCCCAGGCUGUAGGUAGUCUUCUUAAUUCCGUCCACUCCCUUGCUCUUUUAGAACAAAACCUAGAAAAAAACAUUUUCAACCCAUCUUUUACAUGCACAGUGACCACAAAACGUAUCUUCUUACAACAGUGAAACAGUAUACUCACCACCACCAACUAAGCACAUCACCACGACAUACAAUCAAAUACCCUAAUCUAUAAGUACUACCUCUUACCUAGCCCGUUGCUUAUGUACUGCUCUUCGAGGCAUAGCGUGAAGGUAGCGAACAAGCUAAAACCUGCUAAAGCGGCAGAACAUAGCACGCUAUUCUUCCAAUAUUCCCACCGGCUACCGCAAGUUUCUGUCUCCCCAACCAAUGACAAAAGUAAACGCAAACACAACCCUAACAAAGUGAAAAAGGAAAUGGCGAUGGACAGGCAGUAUGGCGGGCAAAGAGGAAGAAUGCAAAAAACCGGAAAAAGCAAAGAUGAAAAAAAUAAAUCCAAUAAAAAAAAAAUAUUAAACAAGAAACGCAUAAUCCCGAGAAUAAAAAAAAAUCCUCACGGCGCAGAAGCCAAAACCACACACACACGCGUGAAGAACCGCAGUCCCCAGCAGCCAAACCAAUCACAAGCACCCCAAUCAAAUCAAACGUCCAGUACACACCCUCGCCUACCGGCUACCUUCUCCCUCCCUGUCCUCCACCCCACCCAUUUACCCACUCACGCUCACCCUCCCCCCCUCCCUACUCGACCCGACCCAACCCGGCGCACCCUCCACCCCGCCCCUCCCUGUCCUGUCCUCAAUUUACCCGGCGCUUCUCCCCCCCCCCCCCCACCCAGGGCAAGCGCGACCAAAACAGCCGGCACAGCCGAGACUAAAAAACCCUAAACCACACCACCACCACUACCAGCAGCAGGCAAGCACAUGGACAGGUGCGUAGCCGAGGGCCCGAGGCAGAGGGGGGCGGUUCCCCGCUUUGCAUAGCCGGCGUGCCCGGGGUGUGGGUGUGCGGCUGGGCGUGCAUGGUGGCGUUUUGGUGCGUGGUGUGGGUGCGUGGGUGCGUGGGUGCGUGGGUGCGUGGGUGCGUGGGUGCGUGGGUGCGUGUGGAAGGUGGGUUGGUGCUGGACGUGGUGGGUGUGGGAGUGAAUGGUUUUUGAUGUAGUAAGUUAACUGAGCGGAAUCGGAGAGAGAAAGAGAGGAA